CAGCGUUAUGUCAAGAGGACGUUCGUUUUUCGCGACGUCGUACACACUGACUGCAGGGACAGCCCGGCGGAUACUGCUGUUCAAUGUCUUUUCAGGGAUAAAACGCCUUUUUUCCUUUUGUGGAAAAUGUUUGUUGAGGAUGAGGCUUGAGUGAACUGAAGGGAUGCCGGCCCGAUGGCUCGUCGACACCUCCGUGUUCCGCCUGAGCAGGGGCGGGAACCUAUAUCACAGACAGAGACAAAGGCAGCCAUCACAGCAGGUGCUGCUCCCCCAGGCUCAUGUGAUGAGACCCCUGAGCAGGGCUGUUGGGUAUCUUCGUUGGAAGCAGGUGCGAAUCUCACGAGGUGGGGUGCUCAAGAGCCGGGUCUUCAGGGCACGUCAGCUCCCUCACGGAUUGGGUCUGAGUUCUAGUGUAUCCUUGCUGAGCACCUCUGCGCCCUGUCGACAUGCCGAUCCCCCGAGUCCUGGCCGGUCACGCCUCCGGAGCACGCUGGACACUGUCUCCCGAGCUGUCAGCGACACACACACGGACCUUCUUUCCAAGUUUGCACGCUUAAAACUAAAAACAACUCAGAUGGCUCCCCAAGCAGAAGCCGAGUGUCCGGGGGCUGACCCUACCCCUGCUUCUACAAAGGACCCCAUGGCUAGAAGCCAGUCCCCAAAGGUCCCAGCCCAAGUCAAUGGGAUUGCAGCGGCACCUCUGACAAAAGAAAGAAGGGAGACCCACACCGGUGACAGCGCUACCGAUGAGACCGUGGGGCUGUUUCAUCCAGGAAAGUUUCCUGCCAGUCUGGACCAAACCUACAAUUACCUUGCCCACCAUGUAAACACAUACUUUGGGAGCGCUGUGAAGGCUGACCAUGAUGAUGUUAAAGCUGAUGGCCAAACGGAUCGUAGCGUUCCUGUCCUAAUGCCUCCGUCCGACAAGGUGCCCCUGGAGGCAAGCUCUGUUUCUCCUCCUUCUGCCACCGAUGCGUCUCCCUCAAGCAGCCCUGUAUCCCCCAAGAAAGGGAUUGGGCAGUACUUGUCCUACCCUGGACACAGUGUGCAGGCUUUUGUGGGCAGCUACAUCGCCCCGCUGGUGCCCAAAUUCCGGCCUGAUUCCAAAGGUGCUGUGGCAGUGAAGAACAAGCCCUCUGUGGGGGAGGAGACCCAUCCAAAUCAGGGGGAUUUGACUGAGUCCAAGGAACAGAAGGCAGCCGAGGAGAAAGCCAGACGACUGCUGCUCCAGCGGGAAAAGAUCAUUGCCAGGGUGAGCGUGGACAACAGAACCAGGGCGCUGGUCCAGGCCUUGCAGAGGGCCUCGGACGUGAAGCUUUACAUCAGCAGGGUGGAGGACUUGAGCUAUCAUCUGCUGGAAUUCCCAGAGACGAGGGCAGUGGCUAUCAAGGAGGAGGUGAUCCCUUGUCUGCUCCGCCUCCGCCAGGCAGGAGACCCUACGCUGCAGGCUGCUGUGAGGGAGGCCCUCUCCUUGGUGGGAUACACAGACCCCGUCAAGGGCUGGGGGAUACGGGUGCUAUCCAUCGAUGGAGGUGGAACAAGGGGCGUGGUGGCCCUCAAGACGCUGCAGCGGUUAGAGGAGCUGACAGGGAAGCCCACUUGCCAGCUGUUUGACUACAUCUGUGGGGUUAGCACAGGGGCCAUCUUGGCCUUCAUGCUGGGUGUGUACCAGAUGCCCCUGGAGCAGUGUGAAGAGCUGUACCGGCGCCUUGGCUCUGAUGUCUUCAAGCAGAAUGUUGUCGUUGGCGCUGUGAAGAUGGGUUGGAGCCAUGCCUUCUAUGACAGCGAGGUCUGGGAGUCCAUCCUCAAAGAUCAAAUGGGGUCUGAUAUUAUGGUGGAAACAUCGAGAAACCCGGACUGCCCCAAGGUGGCGGCCGUGAGCACGAUAGUGAACCGAGGCACACCGCUCAAGGCGUACGUGUUCAGGAACUACAACCUCCUGCCAGGGGUGCGCUCCCAUUACCUCGGAGGGUGUCACCACAAGCUGUGGCAAGCUAUCCGGGCCUCAUCUGCUGCACCUGGGUACUUCCAGGAGUUUGUCUUGGGGAAUGACCUGCAUCAGGACGGCGGGCUGCUAGUGAAUAACCCCACAGCAGUGGCGCUGCACGAGAGCCAGUGCCUGUGGCCCAGCACUCCGGUGCAGUGCGUGGUCUCCCUAGGCACAGGCCGCUUUGAGAGUGCCGGUCGCCACGGCGCCACACACACCAGCCUGAGGACCAAGUUGAGCCAUGUCAUCAGCAGUGCCACAGACACUGAGGAGGUCCACACCAUGCUGGAUGCCCUCCUCCCCCUCAACACCUACUUCCGCUUCAACCCGUGCCUGAGGGAGGACAUUCCGCUGGACGAGCGACGACGGGAGCGGCUAGCGCUGCUACAGGCCGAAGGUCUGCAAUACCUGGAGCGCAACGAGCAUAAGCUGCGACGGGCAGCCGCCGUGCUGCAGCACACCAAGAGCACCCCCCAAAGGCUGGCCGAGUGGGCUAGGCUCAAAAGGGACAUGUACCAAGGCCUUCCCUUUCUCUCCGGACCCAAACGUCUGUGAAAUGAGGGAGGCGGACCAAGGGGUACAACAACAAAUAGAAGGGCACAGAUAAGCAGAUCAUACAUCCUUGCGGCUGAAAACGUGCAGCUCAGAAUUUAAAGCAUGGUUUCUCUCACUGAGGUUUGCAUCCACGUUGCAGUCUUUUACCAGUACUGUUGUUAGGACAUUGUGGCAGGCUCCAAGCUCAGAUAGGAUGUGUCCACUAAGAAUCAGAUUCUGAAAUUCAACAGUUGCUACUUGAAUAGUUAAGAGUACUGCACAGUGACUGAUUGUGUGUCAUACCUGACUGCACAAGAAACACAUUUUAUUGCUCACGUUCAGGCUUGUCAUUUUUAUACAAUUUCUGCUGUAACUGCACCGUCCCCUCUCUCUAUGGGUUUGUUAUAUACUUAUGCUCUUAUCCAGCAUGAGUUUGAUUUAAGUGUAUGUUAUUGUCCACUGAGAUGAAGACAGAACUAGUAUAUUAAACCGCUAAUCACCUCCCAUGUGCCAUUUUACCUCAUUUACAUUUUUUAUUCAUAGCUUUUCUUUAAAUGUGUGGCAUACGGAAAAAAGUAGACACGUCUGUGGUAAUGUGCGUUGCGUUACAAAAUUCUGUAUUACUUGAAUAAUUGUUCAUCGGGAACUGAAAUUUCACUCUUUCUGGUUCUUUUGUUUUCUAUCCUUUUAUUACCCAUUUGCGGCUAAUGACUGGUGAAUGUGUCAGAUUUCAAUUCAAUACGUAUAAAGGAUGAGUGAUCGUUAAAAUUAGCUUUGCUCUUGUACUUACAGGAAUGAUUACAUAUUACUACAGUAAUAUGUAGACAUUUGAAUAUUAAUACCUGAAUAUCAAUAUUGUAGCUCUCGUAUUUGCAAAGGCGAUGCUGUAUAUUUUAUAAGUAAUUAUACAUACAUUUACAAGAUUAUGUUAAACAUUUCCUGCCCUUUAACAGACUUGAGUGGGUUUUUUUAUUUACAUGAAACAGGUUCACUAGUUCACAGAGACCCUGUAUGGAAAGAGAGAGUUUGUGAGAUGAUUUUUAAAUAACUUUUUACUGUCUGUCUUGCACUGCCCUCUUUGUGGCUAUAAAUUGGUUUGUUCGAUUACCUGACUGCAGUCUCUCCUUUAGGUAAAGAUUAAUGCUUCAAAAUUACCAUCUCUCCUGUGUAGGAUGCUGAUUUCCUUGAACUAUAAACAAUUACAUGUGGCUGUUGACGUGCGAUGGCUGUAACAAUCAACAGAUGGACGCUGUGUGAUGAGAAAAUUAAUAAUGGAAGCAUGUGCUGUUAUUAUACACCACUGGUUUGCUCCACUCAACCAGUUGCUCCUGUGUAAAGAGUGUUUGUGUACCAUGCUGUCACACAAAAACAUUGAAACUUUUUGUCCCCGUGCACCACUGUCUCUCAGCCUCUUGCUUAUGACCAUUUACAGUUUCUUAUUGACAGGUCUGAUUACGGAGACCUGAACUGUUUCACAGUUGCAAAUGUAUCUAUGGAAUAUGCUCAGUAUAUUGGUUCCCACACAGCACUAUGGAAUAACAGAAUUAAUGAGUUCUGUCUGAACUGGUUUCCAUGGUUGCAACCGGUCAUUUACCAUCCUCACCGGCAUCACUGACAGCUCUGUGCCCUUUAACCAGCACCCGCACCAUCACAGGCUGGUUGCCGUGGUUGCAAGUAGGCAAAUUGCUCCUUCACGUGGCUCCAGUUGCAGACACAUGUACAUCCUCAGAAUAAAUUGGUGCAGUUUGGUUUUGUGAACAUGACAAACACAUUGAAAUAAAAGA